ACUUCACUCUGUUCGUGACCACGUCAAGGGAACCCAGAAGUUAGAAAUCAUGGCGGAGCGCAGGAGACACAAGAAGCGAAUUCAGGAGGUCAGUGAACCUACUAAGGAGGAGAAGGCAGUGGCCAAAUACCUGCGCUUCAACUGCCCCACCAAAUCCACCAACAUGAUGGGACAUCGAGUGGAUUACUUUGUCGCCUCUAAAGCAGUCGACUGUCUGCUGGAUUCAAAGUGGGCCAAAGCAAAGAAGGGUGAAGAAGCUUUGUUCACAACCAGAGAGUCGGUGGUGGACUAUUGCAACAGGCUCUUAAAGAAGCAGUUCUUCCACCGAGCCCUGAAAGUGAUGAAGAAGAAGCCAGAGAAAGACGUCAAGAAAGAAAAGGACAAAGAGAAAGAGAAAGAAAAAGAGAAGGCUAAAAGCGACAGCAGCAAGGAAGAGGAGAAGAAGAGCAAAAAAGACAAAGACAAAAAGAAGGAUUCUGAGGCUGCCGACACAAAGAAGGACAAAAAUGAUGACAGUCCUGGAUCUCCAAAGAAGAAGAAGGAUGUUAAGAAGAAGUUCAAGCUGGAGCCUCAUGAUGACCAGCUGUUCUUGGAUGGCAAUGAGGUUUAUUUUUGGAUUUAUGAUCCAGUCCACUUUAAAACCUUUGCCAUGGGGUUGAUUCUAGUGAUUGCCGUCAUUGCAGCCACUCUCUUCCCUCUGUGGCCAGCUGAGAUGAGAGUUGGAGUGUAUUACCUGAGCGUGGCAGCAGGAUGUUUCGUCGCCAGCAUCCUUCUCCUGGCUGUUGCUCGAUGCAUCCUGUUCCUGAUCAUCUGGCUAGUGACCGGCGGCCGGCAUCACUUCUGGUUCCUACCGAACCUAACAGCCGACGUUGGCUUCAUCGACUCCUUCCGGCCCCUCUACACGCACGAAUACAAGGGUCCGCGCUCCGGCUCCAAGAAGUCCAGUGACAAACCCGACAGCAAGAGUGCAGACUCCAGCAAAACACAGAAAUCCGACAGCGAGGACAAAUCGGACAGCGAGAAGAAAGAGGACGAAGAGGAUGAAGACGACAAUAAAGACAUAGAGGAAGCGGAGCAUCAGACGGACACAGACAGCGACCGGCGGGAGGACGAAGGAUCGCAGCACAGCAACGGCAACGACUUCGAGAUGAUCACCAGAGAAGAGCUGGAGCAGCAUACAGAGGAGGAGGAAGAAGAGGAAGAGCAGAGCCAGACAAAGCCCUUGACUGUUCAGACAUAAAGCUUUUCCUCACGGCGCCGCACACACAUUCUCCCAUGCUCCAUGUGGACCUGCUGACGUACUUCUGUCAUGUUCAGAAGAUGUUUCCCCAUUUCCGUUCAGGCUGAGGUCUUCUGGUGAGAGCAGGAAACGGCUUAUGAUGAUGACUAUGGCAGUAUCGCAAAGGCUGUUUUGGAAACGCUUCCCCCGCGCACACACACACACACACACGAACGCUAUCAAUGCAACAAAACAAGUCUCCCUCACCUCAUGUUUUUCUUCGCUUUAUUUCGUGUGUUCGCAUUGUCUGACGUCAAGCUUUGUUGUGUAAACGUGAUCAUACAAACUGGAAUGGUGAGCGUUCACAUUGGUUGAUCGUUCGCCGCACAAUUUAGUCAAGGUUUCUUGCUUUUGGAUCAUUUGGACGGACCAACUGAUUUUGUCUUAGAUGAGUGUUCCAAUCAGUCAUAACUCUCUCUCAUUUCUGUGUUGAACCCUGGGAGAUCUUGCUCGUUUUUGAGAACUCGUUUGUUUUUCAUGGAGAAGUGAAUCACUUAAAAUAAAUCAAUACCUAUCUAUCGUCGACUUUACCGAGGCGGUCUUUUCAAAUCAAACUCCACUUGAGGUAUUUGAGGUCGCCUGCAUUCAGAAGGGGAAACUACAUCACAUUCGUGCCAAAAUGAUGCGAGAUAUUGAUGCUUUUGUAUUCGUGUGCGCUCAAAUGAUGACCAAGUAGAGUUCAAAUACAUCAUCAUAGCCUCGCUUUCUCCACUGAUCUGCCAUUUAAACUACUUAUUGUGGUCCAAAAGAGCCCGUUCGUUCCUUAGUUUGCGUUUUAUUAGGGCCGAGGUCCAAUACUAUCCUUCCGUAGGGUUUUGCGUACUAUUGGCUAGAGUGUUCUUUUACAUUUAGCUGUUUCUUUGACUCAUACUGAGGAUUAUAUUUAAGAUUCAUAUUUAUAGAUGGAUUCUAUAAAUCUACUGGGAGAUAUUCAUGCCAGCAGUUCAGGUUCAGGAUGAACUGUGCUCUAUUUUAUAAUGUCAGACACACAGCUUUUUGUACCCAUGAAUAGUUGGAAUGCAGAAAACCGUGUGUGUGUGUGUGUGUGUGAUGCAUUGGCGCACAAGAGGCUGAAAAAAGGUGGUUUUUGGUAUAUUUAAAAACAGAAGUGAGAAGUCUAGUUAAAGCAUCCCUUGAUUCAUGUUCACAAUAGUCUGAUCCUGUAACCAUGUCUGUAAGUAGAGGAUCUCGUCGGUUCCUGUAGAAAUGCCGUUUUGUCCUCCGUCGUUGACUUUGAAGACCUGGACUGACUGGGCUUGACACCAUUCGUGGAACUAAAGACCUUUGUUUUUACUUUCUAUGGAUCUAUCACUUUUGUUUUCUGUUUUAUUGUCUUUAUGGGAGAUAAAGAUGAUGAUGUAUGUGCCAGAUUUGUUUUGUUUUUUUUAAUUGGCAGGUAAUUUCAUUCGUUACUGGGUGUCUGUCAUGUAAAAACUGUAGUUGCAGCAUUUCCAAAACUAAAAUGAAAUCCCAUUAUUCUAUUAUUUUUAUGUGGUCAGCAUCUUCAACUAACUAAUCGUCCGUAUUUGGAUCAGUGUUGAGGACUGUCGUUUUUGCAAUAUCUGGAGAAUAAUUUGUCUGUCAGAAACUAUAUCUGUAUCCUUUCAUUGCAAUAAAAAUAGAACACAA